AUGUCUGCUUCAACGCCAACCUCUAAACCGUGGGCGGACCAGCCGCUUGCGUUGAUCCCGACUCCGGCUUUCUUGACCAAACAGCAUAACAUGUGGAUCUCGGGAGCAAGCCAUAUGUGCAAUGUCCACAAUGUCAUUUUUCGCGGGUACAACUCUAUUUACCUCCAAGCCCCCCACGUCCAAGAAGCAGACAUGGACGCCUUCCUAGGCUACUGCCGCGCGUGGUGCAAGUUAGUCACGACGCAUGCAGAAGAAGAAGAGAGUAAUUACUUUCCUGAAGCAGAGAAGUUGCUUGGUGACAGCGUUUUUGAACAGACGCAUGAAGAACAUGACGCAUUCAUGCCCUUACUUCAGGCGUUCCAGCAGUACUUGGAUUCGUUGGAAAAUGGUAGCCACCUAUCGUCGGAUAAGCUACUAUCCCUCAUGUCUGCAUUUCAGCAACCGUUUGAACUCCAUUUCCGGAACGAGAUUAAACUCAUCGCGUCACUUGCAACCCAUCCAAACGCUCCCAGUGAAGGUAGUUCUGAGCAAAUUGAGGCUGAGAAGAAAUUUGACAAGUGGGGUUCGAGUUCAGUGACGAGAAGUGGCAUCACGGACGUUCUCAUGUUUUUCUUAUACAACUUGGACAGUAGUUACGAGGAUGGCUUAUGGAAAGAUUGGCCAGAAAUUCCUGGUCCAGUCAGAUGGCUUAUGCCUAGAGUGAUUGGAGGUUGGCACAGACAAUGGUGGAAGUUUGCCAGUUGCAAUGCAGAUGGGAAGCGUAAAGAGUUAUGCUUGCCGUAA